AUGUCCUGUCAUUGGAAAAGUGGAUCUGUAAGAUCAGUUAGCAGUGUGAGCAGCCACAGGAUCAGCAGCCUGGUUGGAGACUUGGCUAUAGCAUCUGACCACUUUGCAGUUGGGAAUCAUGGAGCCAACGAUGGUCUUCUACAUGGAGGAGAAAAGGAGACUAUGCAAAACCUCAACAUUCGACUUGCCUCUUACUUGGACAAAGUCAAGGCUCUGGAAGAUGCCAACGCCGAUCUUGAAACAAAAAUCAAGGAGUGGUACAUUAAGCACCAGCCUAAAGUAGAAGACUAUAGCCCAUACUUUCGCAUCAUUGAGGAACUGAAAUGCAAGAUUUUAUCUGAAAGUAAUGAAAACGCCAGAAUUGUGCUGCAGAUAGACAACGCCAGGCUGGCUGCUGAGGACUUCAAAAUUAAGUAUGAGAAUGAACUGUGCCUCUAUCAGAGUGUAGAAUCAGACAUAUGUGGUCUGCGUAAAGUAUUGGACGAACUGACAUUUGCUAAAUCCGCCCUGGUACCACAGUUUGAGAGUCUGCAGGAAGAGCUUGAAUGCAUGAAGAAGAAUCAUGAAGCGGAACUUCAUGCUUUUAAGGGAGAACGGGCUGACGUUAACGUGGAAAUGAAUGCUGUCCCCGGAGUGGACCUGGCCAAACUUCUCAAUGACAUGAGAGCUCAGUAUGAACAAAUUGCAGAACAGAACAGACAGAAGGCUGCAGACUGGUUCAAUGAAAAGAGUGCCGAGAUCAACCAGGAGAUUUCCCACAGCAGUGAAAUGGUUGAAUGCCACAAGACGCAAUUGACAGAGCUGAGACGUACUCUUCAAGAACUGGAAAUUGAGCUGCAGGCACAACUUGCUAUGAAAAAGUCUCUAGAGUGCUCACUGGCAGAGACAGAGCGCUGCUAUAGCACACAGCUGGCGCAGUUACAGGUGGUCGUAGGAAAUGUGGAAGAACAGCUCAGCCAGAUCCGCAAUGAUCUGGAACGUCAGAACGCAGAGUACAAACUUCUACUGGACAUCAAGACCCGCCUGGAAAAGGAGAUUGAGACAUACCGCAGACUUCUUGAUGGAGAGCCAUGGCAUUGCAAAGAAGUACACAUUCCUGUGAAAGAGGCCAGCAAAACCAGGAAAGUCACAACCAUCGUAGAGGAAGUGGUGAACGGUCGCAUUGUUUCACAGAAAGUGAAUGCCACUGAAGAGAAGCUGAAGAACUAA